AUGGACACUAUGCUCACAAAUGUCCCGGGGACCGUUGCCUACUUGGACGAAAUCUUGGUCGUUGGUCGAACAGACGAGAAACUUUUCCAGAGGUUUGAUAAGGUCAUGGAAAACCUCAGUGAUUACGGCUCCAAAAUAAACAUGGAAAAAAGUAAAUUUUUGCGGAAGGAACUUCACCAUCUCGGAUGUGUAGCAAACGAAACCGGAAAAGCCCCAGACUCCGACAGAAUACUUGCACUUCAGAAAAUACGAACUCCACAGAACGUAAAGGAAUUACAAUCCUUUAUGGGAUUUUCAGUUACUAAGACCCUUUUAUUGAGGGACUUCAUAGCUUGA